UAAUUGAUGUGUUGCAAAUACUUUGGACCGAAGUGUUUAGUGAGUCGCACUAUCUUUUCUUUUUAUUAUCUUAAAGAAAGUGGUGUUUCUCACUUUAAAAAAGGAGGGAAUUAAAUAAAUUUUAUGCACUGUCCCAUAUCUUGAGCUGCGUGCUUUAGUCCAAAUUUAUAGGAGAUUAAGUUGAUAAAGCAUGACAAGCAGCUGCAAUUAAGGAAUUUCUUCCCAUCAGAAAGAGAAGAAGGAAGAAGGCACAAGACUCAGAUGCAAUGACAUCCUCAGCUGCAAAUAACAUUCCCAAGCCCCAGAACAGUAGUAACCUGGGUAUUAUUGUGGGUGGAGCAGAAAAUCUACAACCACUAGGACCAGGAAGCUGUUCUUUGGAGCUAGACAGAGGUCAGAAAAGGCACAUAUAUAUGGCAGCUGCUUCAGGAAAUUGGAGUGAGGCUUCAUCCUAUUUCGAAAUCAAUCCUGAUUGGUUGCGAAUUCCAUUGACUUCUCGUGGAAAUACAGCCCUUCACGUUGCAGUUAGCAUGGAUCAAACAAGUUUUGUUGAAAACUUGGUGAAUUGUAUGAACAUGCAAGAUGUCGAAAUUUGCAUGGCAGAUGAGAAUACAGCCUUUUGUUUGGCUGCAAUUUCUGGAAACCUGAAAAUAGCUGAAAUACUGUUUGGCAAGAAUCCAAAGUUGUUAUGUAUGAGAGGGCACAAUGAUAUGCUGCCAAUUCAAUUAGCAUCUUCUGCAGGGCAUAUUCCCAUGACAGAAUUUUUAUUUCAAGCUACAGAUGACCUACACAAUAUUCUACCCUUCCCAGACAUCGUGAAGCUAUUUUUCAUGACCAUCACCAACAACAUUUUCACCGUGACAUCAAAGUUGUUGGAUCGCUAUCCAAAAUUGGUUACCAUUGAAAACGAAGAGGGAUUGACAACUUUGCAAAUGCUUGCUCAAUUUUCCUGGUGCAAGGAAACUGUUGGUCAUCAAGAUAUUAUAAAUUCGUUGUUUAAGGGAAUGGAAGAAGAGAAAGAGGCUCUCAACUCUGAACAAUUGUCAAAAGCAUUGUUCGAUGCAGCAAAAUCAGGAAACAUUAUGAUUCUAGAACGUCUUUUUAUGUACCAUCCAGAUUUGCUUUUUGAAGUGGAUUCCACAGAGCAAAGAAGCUUACUUCACAUUGCUAUUCUAUAUCGACAAGAAACUGUAUACCGACUAAUAUUAAGCAAGGGGGCUUCCAAGAAUGUUAUGAUGCAGUUGAUUGAUUUUGAGGGGAACAAUGUUCUUCACUUAGCUGGAAAGUUGGCACCUGAAGAAAGAUUCGCAUUAUCAACAAACCAUGUUAUCAUGCGUUGUGAAGAGAAAUGGUUUAAGGAAGUGGAGAAAAUAGUUCCAGGUGCAAUGAAAAGAAUGAGAAAUAAAGAUGGUUUGACUCCUAAAGAAUUAUUCUAUUGGUCGCACAAAGGGUUGCACAAAGAAUCAGAAUCUGAAGUGAAAGUUACAGCAAAUACUUUAGUAGUGGUAGCAACUCUUGUGAUCACCUUAGGGAUCACCGCAGUUUUGACCCUUCCCGUUAAGGAUAUUGAGAGUAAAGAUACUCCUAUUUUUGGGAGGAAGACAUGGUAUACGUUAUUUUAUCUAUCAAUUACAUCUGGAACAUGCUUAUGUGCGGCAUCUAUGUUCUGCUAUGCUUCAGUUAUUCUUCCUUCAAGUUGGGAACCAAAAGAAGAGUCUGUGUUCUCGCGGCAAACAAAGUUGAUAUUUGGGAAUGGGACACUUUUUGGGUCCAUUGCACUCAUGUUUUCUUCUAUUGGUUCUGGUUCCAUAUUGAUAUUUGACUUCAUCUCCAAUUGGAUCCUUUUUUCCAUUUCUGGACUUGGUUGUAUCGUAUUGCUUUUGCAUUUUGCACUUGACCAUAAACGAUGGGAUAGCUCUCUGCGCUUUGUGCUAUCCUUUUUCGUGCUACCUCCGGAGAAGCGACCAAGAUUGUUAUGGCCAAUCCAUAACAUCUAUGAAGCCUGCCACCCUUUGCCAAAGGAAAAAAAGAAAAAAAACAAGAACUUCAAUUAGUUAGAAUUAAACUAAAAUACAAGGUUGUGCUCAAGAGCUCUGGCUGUUUUUAUAUAAGAUGGGUAGUUUGUUUCUUAUUUUAAGACAGUAGUUUGUUGUGCAUGUGAUUCGUUUUCAUAUUAUGUACACCUUUUAUUCUUUUCACAUUUACAUCUUUCCUCGAUUGACCAA